CCUGACAACACCUCUAUAAAACGUUCAUCACCCCAUGCUAACUCAGCGCAUUUCAUCUCUAUUCAUUGGAUUGCCUAGACUACGUCCACUUGCACCUUCGCUGACUCAAGGGAACUCGAGAGCAUUUAGCACAAUGGCCUCUACUACGAACCUCUCAACCUAUAAACUCAAUCAUACCAUGAUCCGGGUCAAAGACCCUAAGCGAUCACUGGAAUACUACAAAUUCCUGGGUAUGAACCAAAUCCGAAAAAUUGACUUUCCCGAAGCCAAGUUCUCUCUUUACUUCCUCGCCUACGACGGCCCCAAGUCGCUCUCUGGCCAAAACCCGUUCUCUGACCGCAAUGCCGUGCUCGAACUCACUCACAACUGGGGAACCGAGAACGAUCCUGAAUACAGUGUCGUGAAUGGUAACACUGACCCGUAUCGUGGUUAUGGACAUAUCGCUAUCUCCGUUGACAACAUCGAAGCCGCCUGCAAACGCAUCGAGGACGCAGGAUAUCCAUUCCAAAAGAAACUGACAGAUGGCCGCAUGAAAAAUAUUGCUUUUGCAAAGGAUCCGGAUGGCUACUGGGUGGAAAUCAUCCGACGCCAUGAUGAAGAUGUUGGAACCAGGACGGAUGUCUCGAACUAUCGCUUCAACCACACUAUGCUCCGGGUCAAGUCAGCUGAAGCAAGUCUCAAAUUCUACCAGGAAGUGAUGGGUAUGGAGCUGGUUCGUACUUUGGAGAUGCCGGACGCCAAAUUCAAUCUUUACUUCUUGGGGUAUCCCACAUCAAACCCACCCAAGGCUGAGAAUGCUAGGAACCCAGUUGCCGAAUGGGAGGGCCUGCUAGAGCUUACUUGGAACUAUGGCACCGAGAAGGAAGAGGGUCCUGUUUACCACAACGGAAACGACCAGCCUCAAGGAUUCGGGCAUAUCUGCGUUUCUGUGGACAAUCUCGAUGCUGCUUGCGCCAGAUUCGAAUCUUUGAAUGUCAACUGGAAGAAGCGUCUUACCGAUGGAAGAAUGAAGAACGUAGCCUUCGUUCUUGAUCCCGACAACUACUGGGUUGAGAUUAUCCAGAAUGAGAAGUACGGUGACGCUUAUAAAAUCUAAGGCUCUUCAGAUUCGAGACGAGCAGUGAGUACUGGAAGUGAGUAUCACCUCUCGGUCGUUGUAAUUGUAUCUCUACAAGAGAUAUUUUGUUAUCAAAUUGUACCGAUUGAAUGUAUGGAGCAGCCCCACACUAGUAAUUUUGAUCUGUGUAAUCUUAUGUAAUUUUAGUACGGUAACGGUGUGGGCCAAUCAUGUGAUGCAUCUCUCAAACUCUAGCUGAUCUCCGACAAUCUGAUUGGACGAAUUGGGGACUGAUGUGAGUGGGUCCUUCCCCGCACGUGGAAAUCUUCAAUUUGAUGGACAAAAUUCUUUUGCUC